CAACCUACCAUUUGCGCUAUUUGCGGACACCGCAGGAGUCCCAAAGAGGUUUUCACCAGCAACCCGCACUGUCACACUUUGGAAAGUUUGAAGAAAGAUGAAGAAGGAAGGAAGCAUUAGUUCCGGAAUCCCGGAAUGGUCCUGCUUUGCUUCAGACUUCCCCUCCAGGUGGUAUCCAGACCUUCACAGAGAAGCAGCCGUGGUGUGUGCAGCCAGCACGUGAGCCGGAGUCGCCCAGAACACAAAGUCCACGAGGGUCUUCGCAGCUUCGGAUUGUUCAUCCUGCUUUCUUUUUGAAAAGACGAGAAAUGAGAGCCAAAGUUAACUUCCGGUCAGACUUUUACUCUGGAGGAACAAAGCGGAAGUGCUCGUGUUAUUGCCGUUCCGAAGCAGCACGAGCGUUCGGAAAAGCGAUUUCUUUAUUUCUGUUGUCGUAGAGGGCCACUUUACGCCUGACGGGCAGUCAUGCCUCUAACAGUUCUGCUCGCGCUUCUGGUUUUGCUUCCCAACCCGCGACCGUGCCGGCCUCUCGACGACCGGGCGGCGGACUGCGGACCGUGCCAAAUGGGCUUGUGUCCGGCGCCGCUCGGCUGCCGGGCCGGGGCGGUCCCGGACCGCUGCGGCUGCUGCUCGGAGUGCGCCAACCUGGAGGGGCAAGCGUGCGACCCGGGAGGCGAUAACGUCCUCUUUGGACUCUGCGGAGACGGCCUGCGGUGUCAGGCGGACCCGCGCUCCGUCGGACGAGGUGUGGAGAAUCGAGACCGGGAAGAUGAGGAGGAGGAGGAAGGAGAAGAGCAAGUGUGCGUUUGCGAGGAGCGCGAGGCGCUUUGCGGAAGUGACGGGGUGACCUAUGCAAACGUGUGCCACUUCAAAGAGGCCGCCUUCUCGGACCCCACGCUGCGCGCCAGGGGGCGGGGACCCUGCAGGACUGUUCCGGUGAUCAAAGUGGGCCCGAAAAGCCAAGUGAACGCCAGCGGCAGCCAUCUCGUCUUCCUGUGCGAGGUGUUCGCCUUCCCGAUGGCGGUGGUGGAAUGGCGCAAGGGCGACGGCGACGGCGGCGGCGAUGGCGGUGGCGGCGGCGGCGACGACGACGACGACAACCUCGUCCUGCCUGGAGACGACCCCCACAUCUCCGUGCAGAGUCGCGGCGGACCUCUGCGCUUUGAGCUCUCCAGUUGGCUGCAGAUCGAAGGGGCGGAGCCCGGAGACUCGGGCACCUAUCGCUGCGUGGCCCGCAACAGCUUAGGCUCCACCUCCGCCGCGGCAGCGUUGGGCGUCCUGCGUGCGGAGGAGCUGUCGUCCUACUUGGCCAAUCGCGCGAGCGACGCCCGCCGCCGCCGCCGCCUCCGCUGAUGACGACGGCGGCGUAACUUCCUGUGUGCCGCCGCCAUUUUGUGGUUGACGAUGGCUUUUUGUAUUGAGCGCCGUUUUCCUCGAGCUGCGAAUGUUUCCGUCAGUCUUAAUGUUGAGGAACGCGAUCGGUCGUCUUCUGCGUCCGAUGGCGGCGACUCGAAAUCAAAUAAAGCGGUCCCGUCAAACA